AUGUCCUGCUGUGUCCCCACCUGCGGCGUGGCCACCCCGGCCCCUCUGGCUGACACCAGCAACCAGCCCUGCGUGAGGCAGUGCCCCGACUCCACGGUGGUCAUCCAGCCCCCGGCCUCGGUGGUCACCUUCCCCGGGCCCAUCCUCAGCUCCUUCCCGCAGCAGAGCUCCGUGGGCUCGGCCGGAGUUCCCUUCAUUGGAGGCGGCCUCGGCGGCUCCUCCGGACGCCGUGGGGGCUCUGGGGGCUCCGGUGGCUUUGGAGGACUUGGAGGUUAUGGAGGAUUCGGAGGUUUUGGGGGCUUUGGGGGAUUCAGAGGUUAUGCGGGAUUCGGAGGUUUUGGGCACAGCUACAGCAGCUCCAGAAGCUGCGAACCCUGA